GUCAUGAACACCGAAGUGGACCAGAUAAAAAAAGCAUGCCAAGUGGUUGGGGGGCGUAACUUCCGUCCUCACAUCACUUUCAUUGUGCUUACAAAAAUGCACGCUCUGCGCAUUUAUAAGAAGAAUAUUCGUAGGCAAGAUCGAGCAGCAGAACAGAACAUCAAACCGGGUACUAUUAUUGAUGAGCAUGUGGUGAAUCCCGUAACAAACGAGUUUUAUUUGAAUUCGCAUUCUACAUUUCAGGGCACUGCAAAGACACCACGGUAUACAUUAUUGUUCGAUACUUCGGGAAUGAAGGCAGAUGUAAUGCAAGGUAUUGUGUAUGCACUUGCAUACGAUUUUCAAAUUGUAAAUAUGGCUGUGUCGCUCCCAUCUCCAGUGAUGAUAGCUUCACGCAUGGCUAAGCGUGGUCGCUCUAAUUACAUAGCCAUGUACGGUGAUGAAACCGAUAAUUCUGAUAAUGGUAGUAGUAUUGAAAAAGAUUUGGUCGAGUUAAAUAAUCGACUUAGUUACAUUAGUAAACCGCUGGAGGCCGUACGAUUCAAUGCUUGA